CCUCCUCGCGCUCGGACUCCCCUCCAUCAUCCACUUCGGCUAUCUUCACCUGACUCCGACUUUCAUGCGACCCGUAUCAAUAAUCUCAUGAGGUGAAAUUGCCAUGCAGUCAACUAACUCACCAGAUUCGUCGAGCAUCCCCUAUAUAUCGCAUCAGACAUAGCCCCGUUUACAACAUGACCGCCCUCCAAACACCAGAAUGGCAGUUCCGGUCUCAGCGUCUACUCUACCGCGCGCUCGAAGACAACGACGAGGACAAGACAUUCAUCCAGAAUCAGAUCCUCAACGACCCCACCAUCCAAAUGAUGAGUCUCGGGGCCAGGGAUAUGGUCGCGAAGUGAUAAACUGGGCAUUGGACUGGGCGUUCCUGGACGGGGGGCUGCAUCGAGU